AUGUAUUCCGUAGCUGCUCUUCUAAGUGUUGGCGCACUCGCCGCCCCCAAGGCAGCAGUCGAGGUCAAGGAGCCAGACUCUGAUGACAGACAGGCCCAGCAACCACAACAUAAUUGGGGCCUGCACCCUCGCGGAGGGAGAUACUUCACCAACACAGUCCAUGUGACGCAGUCUAGCGGCGGCAACGCGACGACGCCUAGACCGACCGGUGGACAUCAACACCCGCACAACCAGACUACCAACGGCACCAGCGCAAGCAGCACAUCCGUCUCACCUAUUCUGACGUCGUUGUCGUCGACAACGGGUUGCGCCCUCAGCCUCGUUACCGAGACCACGACCGUCGACAUCAUCACGACUGUGUACCUACCCCUGAACGACAACACGACCACCAGCUGCGACUACUGCAACACGACUACGGCCACGUCAGUGUGGCACAAUAGCACCUCGGCGGUUGCGGACCCGAUCGUCGGCACGACAGGGAUGCCGCACUCGUACAACAUCACCCGGGGCCACUGGAUUGCGACCGAGACCGAGUGCGAGGAUUCUGUUGCGACAAGUAUGACCAGUCUCAGCUCCGACUCUGUCGAGCUGACCGCCAGUGAAUAUGACGAUGAGACGACAACAAUGAUGCCCAGUUCCGAGGGCAGUGCCUCAACUACAACGGCCUCGACCGACACCACAACUACCGCCUCAGCCGAGGACGUCACGGAUGCGUAUACAUAUACACUGACAGUGACGACCUCACCCACAUCCACCGUCAGCCUGGACUCCAUCCUCUCAUCUACCGGGGAGUCGACUUUACCCGCAACGGACGACCACAGCCAGGUGACGACGGCGACAGCGACGACGACGGCCGACUCGGGCGGUGACACCGCUGCCACGACCACAUACGUGAUUGACACCACCGUCAUGCCCAUCACCACGGCGUCGGUCGCCCAGACGCUGGCGACGACCCUGACCCCGACCAGGACCCUAUGCGCCACCGACGCCCCGGCCGGUGAGACGCCCAGGCCACGCAACGUCUAUUGCGGCGUGCACGGCGUCGACGUAGGCAACUACUUCCUGGCGCAGUACGUCAACAACAAGGCCUACGAGCCUGUAACGCUGGAGGGGUGCUGGCAGUUCUGCAAGGCAAGCAACGAGAGCACCGGCGGCUGCCGCUCUUACGACUUUUACCUGGAGCCGGGUCUCAGCGUACCGCGCUGCAACCUGUAUGGCAGCUCCGUCGCAUAUGCGCUGCGGUCCAUCGAUAACCACCAGCCGCACUGGUGGUUCGACCUCGACUGCGGCAGCCCGACGCAGGAGAGGUGGCAGGCUGGUCACGACCACAGGCACGACGACGACCACCUGUCCGCCCUUGGGCUGGCAGCUGAUCUGAGGCGUAAGUUGGGGCUGUAA